AAAAACUGGACGCUAAAACUAAAAUAAAUGUUGAAGAAUCAACAAGUAAUACACAAUCAAGCAUUAACGAUAACACAUCGAAUAUUCCUGCUGUUAACGGAAAAUAUACUAAACCAACGAAGGGUGGAAUGAUACCAGUGAUGCGAAACAAAGUUAGAAAGUAA